AUUGUGUGAAGACACUGAAAAUUGUGUGUGCAUGGAAAUGCAAAGUGUGUAGAAAAGUGUUACCAAAACUGUUUCGGUUUGAGCAUCUUCUGAAUAAUAAUGAGAUGUAAUGUUAUUGUUUAUAACGAUCGAGUAUGUAACAUUAUAUACGAUGGCCGUAUUUUUGCAUAAAUGGAUUAUAGUUCAACUAUAAUAUGAUUUCCACACGUGUUGGUAUAUCAACAUAGCCAGUGUUUCUUCAACGAUAAACGGUCAACAAUCAUCAAAUAAUCAACAAUAGUAGAACGUGUGAAAGGACGAAUACGCGAAGGAUGAUGAUUGGUCAAAAUGCCACUAGUAGCAAUACUGCAUCAGACUCGGUUAUCCUUCGGAAGUAAUGUCGAAUAUCAAUAAGAUUAAAGUGGUUGUUCUUGGUGGUGCCGAAGUUGGAAAAUCAGCUGUCACCGUUCGUUACCUCACAAAGCGCUUCAUUGGUGAAUAUAGUUCCUCUAGUGAUUUCUUGUACCGACAUAGUGUUACAUUCGAUAGUGUAACGACAGAAGUUGAGAUAAUGGAUACAUCAAAAUGUGCGAAAACUGGCUGUUUGUACGAACACAUUCGAUGGGGUGAUGCGUUUCUGGUAGUUUAUUCCAUAUGCGACAAAUCGAGUUUUGCCGAUGCUGAAGAUUAUUUACAGCAGCUGAGUAAACUGAAACUACCAUCUUACUAUACGGCCUUAUUGCUGGGCAACAAAAGAGAUUUGGAUCAUUCGAGAACCAUCACAGUAAAUGAGGGACAGGAAUUAUCAUUGAAAUUUGCCUGCCAAUUCUAUGAAGUGUCAGCGGCCGAAAGUUUUGCCGGUGUUUCGUUAGCAUUUCAAUCGUUUCUAAGAGAAGCCCGAUCGGUACAAUUACUACGAGCACUUCCUAUUCGACGUAAAUUAGGUGUAAAUAGCGUUUCUAAGGUUUUAGGUAAUAUUUUUGGUAAAAACACGAAAGACCGGAAAAAACGUCCUUCACUUAGCAUUUAAGCAUUCACACGUUAAGCGAUCAAUUUAUUUUAAUUUCUUUUUUUUAUAAAUAUUUUCAUAGAUCAUUAGUAUGUAUUUGUAGCAUUUAUAAAAUAAAGUUACUAUAGAUUUAACAAUCGAAAAUGGUUUUCUAUUGCACUGCAAACAGCAGAG